AUGUCGCUGUCUGACGGGUACGGAGGAGGGCGAGAGAUGCUGUGCGAAACGAAGUGCAGCGGAAAGAAAACGUCAUCCUGCUUGGACAGUGGUAGUGGGGAAGACUCAUUGGACCGGCUCCUGCCUGGCCCCCCUAUCACCGCCGUACGCAGGAAGAGCACAUCCCAGACUAAGACAGAGCCGCCCCUGCUCCGCACCUGCACACACACCAUCUACACAGCAGGCAGACCCCCCUGGUACGAUCAGCAUGGUGCAGAGUCCAAAGAGGCCUUCGUCAUCGGCACAACAUUCAUGGGUGGUUGUGUGGGGGCAGUGCCUAAGGGAAGACCACGGUGGCCAAUAAGAUCAUUGAGGCUCUGGAUGUCCCCUGGGUAGUGCUGUUGUCCAUGAACUCCUUCUACAAGGUUCUGACCCUUGAGGAACAGACCCCGGUAGCCAGUCAGUAACGACUACAACUUUGACCACCCAGGGGCGUUUGACUUUGAGCUGCUGGUGGCCACCGUGCAGCGGCUCAAACACGGCAAAAUUGUCAUGAUCCCU